UUAGAGCAAUGCUGUAAUGAACGUACUGAUCAUGGCACACGAUUAUAAGCGUUAUUGCUAAGUUUUAUUUUAAUGACUGGCUGCCAAAUUAUAACAGUCGUUUACAGUUAUUCAACGUUACGAUUUACAGUGUUCAAAAGGGCUUAAUUCACUUCAGCAACACGAUCCAUUGUUGAAGAAAGGAUGUCAUCGUCUGCAGAACCGUUUUCUUACAUCGAAAUGAGUCGAGUCAGCGCAGCUGGCACUGUCACUCUGCCUUUGUUCUGUCAGGAUCUGCCUGUGAAGGAAGAGUUUUUGAGUGCAACCAGAGAGAAACUCCAUGAAUGUUUAAGACUGUUUCAAAAGACGGCCGAGUAUGACCAGCUCUAUGAUGCUUGCACUACGCUAUUACAGGAAAUCCAAAGGAGAAAUCCAUUUGAGGCCGUCAGUCUGACCGAGAUCUCUAAAGAGCAGUGCUAUUCUCAAGAGAAAUCUUGCAAGGAUUUCCAAAACCCAGUCCAGAGUGAGCCGAAAGAGUCUGCAUAUGAGGUGAAAGAGGAGGAGGAGAAGAGUGUGGAGCUCCUGGAGGAAGAGAGCUGGUUUGUGGGGGAUCUCGGUCGACGGCAGGCAGAGGAGCUUCUCCAGGGGAAGCCGUCUGGAGCUUUCCUCAUCCGCAACAGCAGCACCAAGGACUGUUAUGCCUGCUCUGUGGUGGUCGGCAGCCAGGUGAGGCACUGCGUGAUUCGCCAUACGGAGCGCGGCUUCGGGUUCGUCGAACCGUUCGAUCUCCACAAGUCUCUGAAGGAUCUGGUCAUGCACUACCAUCACACCUCGCUGGCACAGCACAACCAGGCUCUGGACGUCCGGCUCGCGUAUCCAGUCCACAUGUCCAGCUGAAUCCACUGGCCUCCUGCCGGAGAUGAUCUGCACUAAGACUGAAGGAGACUUCGCCCUAGUUGGCGCGCGUCCCUUGAUUUUAGCAUUUGAACAGUGUACAUGUGCAAAGAUCGGAAGCGACUGUCAAGCAGUUUGUUUGUAUAUUGCACUUCCCAAAGCAUUCCUCACGGACAUAAAGAUACUCCAGUACUUGAACAAGUGUUGAAUGAGCCCUUUGUAGACAUGUUUACAGACACGUCAGAAUUAGUUUUUAAGGGUUUCGUAAUACAGUCAUGCUCUUUUAAGCAAACAGAUGCAGUAGUAGUUUUUGUGGGGAUGAAUGAUUAUAAUCUUUUUAUUAUAAUUCAUUCAUCACCGAAAACAUUUAAAAAAAUGUAUCUUGUGAAUGUAACACCGUUAUUGAAAGACACACUUUCAAAUCUUGCUUUAUAACUAAAACAAGAUGCCUGCCGUUCAUGUUCUUUUUCGCACCCAAGUUUCUGACACAUGAUUUAUUUGUUCCAGAGAAACAUCUUGAAAACUGGUUGAAUUACAUUUUAAAGACAGCUUGAAUAUUUUGUGCACAAUGCAAGUAUCAAUUUUGCACCUGUUAAAGAGAAACAGGAAAUGUAUUUGAUGAAUUUACGUUUCUGGCAUACUUCUAAUGUUUACCUUUUUUUACUAUGCUUUUUAUUUUUAUUUUUAGGAAAGCCAGGGCAGUGCCGUUGUCUUACGGGCUUUUUCAUGGAGUUUAAUAAAUACGUGUGUCUGUGGUAAACGACACAAUGCCAAACUGCUUAUUCUUAAGAUGAGCAACUCUCUGUAAAAUGAUUUUUUUAUUUGUCAUCUGGCAGCAGCGGAACGUUUUCUUCUGCAGAGCUUAUUUUUUGCUACAGUGUUUUCCCUUUGCAUGCUUCUUAAAGAAUAAAAUCAAAAGUGAUUGAGGAUAAA